CCGGAUCGUCGGGUUGACGCCGCCGCCGACCGAAUCCAAUCCACCCCGUUAAAAUCUCCUUCGUCCUAGACUCCUGGUGCGUGUUUGACAACACAGGAGAAGCCCCAUUUUGGCCGCGGCACGGCGGCGGCAGCAGCAGCAGAAGGCGGGCGCGCGAUGGGAACCGUGCUGGACUCCCACUUCCUGGCGCUCACCGCCGUCGUCACCGUGGGGUACCAGCUGGUGUUCUUCAUCGUCACUGCGCUCCUGCGGUUCGAUAAGGUGACGGAUUUCGCAGGGAGUACGAAUUUUAUCAUCCUCGCGAUCCUAACACUUGCGUUGAAGGGAGCAUGGCAUUUCCGUCAGAUUGUAUUGACUGUGCUCGUUGUGAUCUGGGGCCUUCGCUUAGGACUGUUUUUAUUAAUGAGAAUCCUGCAAUGGGGUGAGGACAAACGGUUUGAUGAUAUGCGCAAUAACUUGGGAAAAUUAGCAGUAUUCUGGAUUUUCCAGGCUGUUUGGGUUUGGACUGUCAGCUUGCCCGUUACAGUUGUGAAUGCAAGUGACAGAAAUCCCUCAAUUGAAGCCCGUGACAUCAUUGGUUGGAUAAUGUGGCUGAUCGGAGCAGGUGCAGAAGCAAUAGCUGAUCAGCAGAAGCUUACGUUCAAGAAUUCUCUGAGCAAUCGCGGAAAGUGGUGUGACGUGGGUCUUUGGAGUUAUUCCCGCCAUCCAAAUUACUUUGGUGAGAUAUUCCUUUGGUGGGGAAUAUUUGUAGCAUCUACUCCUAUUCUCUCAGGAGCUGAAUGGCUCGUAAUCCUCGGACCUAUAUUCCUGACACUCUUGCUUCUCUUCGUUAGUGGAAUCCCACUUCUUGAGGUCUCUGCUGAUAAGCGUUUUGGACAGAACGAAGAAUACCGCAUGUACAAGAACACCACAAGCCCUCUCAUCCCGCUACCACCAGCUGUAUAUGGAGCUCUGCCUGCAUGGUUCAAGAUGGGUUUCCUCUUCGAGCUCCCACUCUACAAUCGUGCACCGCAACGUGAUCCCAUCAGCUGAUGAUCUCCUAUCACAAGUUAUUGUUGUGUACGAUAUGUAGAGUCUAAAAUACUGUGUUAUUGUGGAUAAGUCAUUCUUUUCCCGUUUGGUUCUUAGCUUAGGCCUUAGGGCAGUGAAAUGUAUCCACGUCUCCCAGGAUGUGAACUUUUCGUUCU